GGGUGCUUUUAGCCUAACAGUGUUUGCUAUGCGUACAGGGCUACAAAACUAUAAUAUUUUUGCUAUUGGGUGCUGUGAUAGAAGUGAACUUCUCACUCUGUCAUCACACAACAUCUUGUAAAGAAAAGGACAAAUGGCGGACCAUGCCCCCUCUAUUGCCAUGGAGGCAGUUCUGAAGCCGAGCUCUGUACUCCCGGAUGAUGUGCCCAAAAUCCGAGGCUACGACUUCAACCAGGGAGUUGAUCUCAAGGCGCUGCUGAAGAGCUACCUGACCACAGGCUUUCAGGCCAGUAGCUUGGGUCUGGCCAUCCAGGAGAUCAACCGGAUGAUAGAGAAACGUCUGGAGCCGGUCGAGGUAGACGGAGAAAAUGAGUCCGGAGAGUCCUGCGAAUCCUCCCGCAAGUCUGGCUGUACCAUCUUCCUGGGAUACACCUCGAACCUCAUCAGCUCGGGAGUGAGAGAGAGCAUCCGCUACCUGGCAGAGCAUAAAAUGGUGGAUGUGAUUGUCACCACAGCUGGAGGCAUUGAGGAGGAUUUCAUUAAGUGCCUGGCUCAUACUUAUUUGGGAGACUUCAGUCUGUCGGGUAAAGAGCUGCGUCUGAGAGGCAUCAACAGGAUAGGAAACCUUCUGGUCCCCAACGAUAACUACUGCAAGUUUGAAGACUGGCUGAUGCCCAUUCUGGAUCAAAUGCUAUUGGAGCAAAACACAGAGGGAAUCCGGUGGACUCCCUCUAAAAUGAUCCAUCGGCUCGGCAAGGAGAUAAACAACACUGACUCUGUCUACUACUGGGCAUACAAGAAUAACAUCCCAGUGUUCAGUCCUGCACUCACUGAUGGUUCUCUGGGCGACAUGAUCUACUUCCACUCGUUUAAGAACCCCGGCUUGGUUUUGGACAUCGUAGAAGACAUUCGAAAACUGAACGGCAUGGCAGUUUUUGCCAAGAAAACGGGAAUGAUCAUCCUGGGAGGAGGGUUGGUGAAACAUCAUAUAGCCAAUGCUAACCUCAUGAGAAACGGCGCAGACUACGCUGUGUAUGUGAACACGGGUCAAGAGUUUGAUGGUUCGGACUCUGGGGCCCGACCUGACGAGGCCGUAUCCUGGGGAAAAAUUAGGACGGAUGCCAAACCUAUUAAGGUGUAUGCAGACGCCUCUUUGGUUUUCCCUCUCAUUGUGGCCGAGACCUUCGCUCUACAUGCCGACAAGCUGACGGCGGGACAGAAAACAGAUUAAAGCGAUUAUGCUACCUUAAAUGUUCAGUUAAGACAACAUCCUGUUAUAUUGUCAUUGUUGUUUUUUUUCCCCUCCAAAUGAAUGCAUGAAUCAUAUUGAGAUCUCCUACUGAUACUCCACUUAAUAUGAAUAGGUAUGAAAUUUUGAGGCAAAGUCUCAUUUCAAUGCAGUCCCUCAUCUUUAGUUUUGUGAUUUAGAAGGUUUUUUCUUUCUUUGCCUUUAAGACAGAUGAAAUAGCAUGUGUGUAAUGCUAUCACAUGUACCAAAGAGAUUUCCUAGAAUGCUUUUGAGUUUAGCGGUAGGCUGUGAGUGUGUCUGACACAGCAAGAGACUGAAUAUGUUGCAGCAUAACUCAUCUUAGUGUAGCUGUGGCAGUGCACUCGAUGCAUGGCUGCUAUUGAUGAUCAGGCCUUAUUGAUUUUUAGUUUUAUUGAGCAGGUAGGUCAUUUUAAUGCCAAUGUUUCAGCUUGGAAAAUGCUCCUGUAUAUUUAACAAAUCAGGAAAACAUUUGACUUUGUCUUUGUUAAACGUUUUGGAUUUUAAUCAAUACUGUAUUUUUUUUAAUUAUUAUUUUUAUUAUUUUUUGUUUCUGAUUUGUGUGUGAAAGCCAUGGAAAUGCCAUCAUGUGAUACUGAGUUGCACAUGACUAGGUUUGUGAAUAGUGUAUAAAAGAGAAGUCUUAGAUGGUAUGUUUGUUACAUUUGGGGUAUUAAAAGGGAAAUAUAGUUGGGACACUAAUAUUUUCACUCUUCUGUUAAUUGAACAUGGUAUACAGAGAUAUACAUUUUCAAUGCCAAAAUGUUUUUCAAUGCCAAAAUGUUAUUUUACACAUUUAGCUAUUUAAGUUAUGGAUAUAUGAAACUUGGUAGCAUUGAAAAUCAGCUAUUGUCCCAUUUUUUCCAAGUAAUGGAUUUCAGAUUGAACAUUUUUUUGCUUAAAAAAUGUUCAAUCUGAAACAUUUAGAGGAGACUGGGAUAAAUUGAGCUGAGACAACCUUUUUUUGGAAAUGUUAUAUUAUCAAAACAGGUAUGUUUUCCCCUCAUUCUGAUUGUCUUAAGGAAUGCACAACAUCCUGAAAUAUAUGCAGAUACCUGACCAAGUUUCCCCUAUUUAUUAAGUAUUGUGUUUCAACGCUCUCCCUGCAGAACCUUGCUGUUUUUAGUUGUGUAUACAGCUCUGGAAAAAAUUAAGAGAUCACUGAACUGAACCCGAUUGAAAACCUCAUGGUUAUUCCACCAAAUAAUGAUUUCUGAGUUAAAACAUUAGUAUUGUUGUUUCCAAAUGUUUAUGAACUUUUUUUCUUUGCAUUAUUUGCAUUUGCAUUAAAUGAUGAGACAUCUUCUUUAUUUUGACCAUUUGUUGGUAAAAUUGUUUGAAUUUCAGAGACAUGUCAAUAGUUCAUAGAAUAAAAAAAAAGUGUUCAUUUUACUCAAACAUAUACCUAUAAAAAGUAAAAUUAGAGAAACUGAACAUUUUAAGUGGCCUCUUAUUUUUUUUCCAGAGCUGUAUGUAGAAUGUUUGUUUUGCUGGAAAUAGCUGAGUCUACCCUGUAAAAAGUAUGCUUUGAUAAUAAACCUCUUUAUCUUUUUCUUCCA